CGGCUUUCCCUUUGGUGAAUUAGACGCCCUUCACAUCAUUAGCACGCACAAACAUGGCGGGAAAACAUCUGAAGAGAAAUCGAGGCUCCGGUGAACCUUCUGAGAAGGUGGCAUUGUUUCCAAGAAGAUAUUCCGAUGACAUGGCCAAGAAGUGUUGUGUGAGAUGCAAACAGGCCAUAAGGAGACAUAUUUUUCUGAUCCUAAUCUUUACGGCUAUGGCUGUCGGCAUUGGUCUCGGAACAGGUCUCCGCCACGUGGAGCCACCGUUCACUUCUCGUCAAAUCUCGUACUUGCGGUUUCCUGGAGAUUUGUUCCUGCAGAUGUUGGAGAUGCUACUGAUACCUCUAAUCGUCUCCAGUUUGAUUACCGCCACUACAUCCCUUAAUCCCAGCUCCUCCUGUAAGAUGGGAGUUGUCUCCCUUGUUUAUUACCUCUCUACCACCACCCUGGCGGUAAUUAGUGGAAUUAUUCUGGCUCUCAGUAUACAACCAGGAGCUACGCAAUAUGAUGACGGUGGUGACGUAGGUAUUGACGUCACAACCAGUAACCACUCGUCUGGUUCCGAGACGAAAACCAUCGACACUCUUUUGGAUUUAGUUCGAAAUCUGUUUCCAAACAAUAUUAUCGAAGCAUCUUUUCGAAGGCUAACCACAAAGGAAGUGUCACGGAGGGUUCAAAUCAGUAAUACGACACAGGAGACAGUGACUGUCUAUGAACCUAUCGUGGUGAAGGCGGAAGGCACCAAUGUGCUGGGAAUUAUCACAUUCAGCCUCGCUCUGGGAAUUGUCAUCGCUAAGCUUGGUGAUGAAGGGAGACCUCUGGCGGCGUUUUUCGAAGCCUUGAAUAUGGCGGUUAUGAAGUUGAUAACACUUGUCAUCUGGUACGCUCCGAUAGGCAUUGUCUUUCUCAUCGCCUCGAAAAUCGUCGAAAUCGACGAUCCACUGUUGGUACUUCAUCAGCUCAGCUGGUUCGUUUUAACCGUCAUGCUGGGAUUCGCCAUCCACGGGAUCCUCGUUUUACCCCUCGUCUUCGGGCUCUUCGCCAGGAGAAACCCGUUUUCUUAUCUUUGUAACAUGCUGGAAGCGAUCAUCACAGCCUUUUCGACGGCUUCUAGCGCCGCCACUCUGGUUGUCCAUUUCGUCACCCCAGUAGGGACGACGAUUAACAUGGACGGCUCAGCGAUCUAUCAGGCGAUAGCCGCCAUUUUCCUGGCACAGUAUAACGGAAUGACGCUGAACGCGGGCCAGGUGGUCACAGUCGGAAUAACGUCUGUAGCGGCUUCGGUAGGCGCUGCAGCUGUGCCGAGCGGCUCUCUCAUCGUCAUGGUGAUGGUACUGACGUCAGUGGGCAUUCCCACUGACAUUACACUCAUCGCCGCCAUCGAUUGGUUUCUAGAUCGUUUCCGGGCGGUUGUUAAUGUGGAAGGUGACGCCUUCGCCGCUGGUGUGGUUGGAACGUUGGCAAGGGACGGGUUACACAAGGAACGCGUCAUCGUGGAACACAGCCGGUUCGGCGGACAGAGAGAGACUGCACUGAAUCUCAAAGAUGACUAUUACGAGCUUCCGUAGUAUUAUACAUGCACCUCCGGCAGAGAUUCGGCGACUCACUGCAGCACGGGUAACAGAUGUUUGAAUUCAUAUAUUUUCAAGAUGGAUUAGGUUUUGUGAAGUUUAUUGAACGGUUCAUUUGUUGUGGCAGGCUACCACAAGUAUACGUGGGAUUUGAGAUAGCUGCAUACGCAAAGCGUGUCUACCAUUGUGUGUUAUCAUACACAUGCAUGAGCCUCGAAUAGCAUACCUUGUUAUACUCCUUAUCUGUCAACCAUAUUUUUAAAUAAAAGUAGACCAGGCGAUUUUUCUGCUCAGGUUUCAUGGUGUACACAUCACUGACAGCAUACAUGCAUACACGUGUAUGAAUAUUGCUUCACAUCAUGAACAGGCCUGUUAUGUCAAUAUACAAUAUGUUCAGCCCUAUUAUCAA